ACUCGUUUAAAGUAGUUUUAAAGUAGUUUAAAGUAAGGCAGUUCAUUCAAAUGGUUACAUGGUUGGCGGUGCUGCGUCCAAUCUACCUCGGUAAUAUGUGAGCCUUGAGUCAAUCAGUUGCGCUUUGCUCAAAAUUCAACUAUGUCAGGUAUGUAAGUGUGCCAGGUCAGAAUUAAUUCAGACCGGAUUGAUGACAUUUCACGAUAUUUUGCCAUGUGUGUUUGCUGUCGAGGUUGGGCGUGUCCAUUUCUGCAAAAUAAAAACAAACGCGAAAGUCCGCCCACAGCACAGCCGCGUUGCGUUCGGACAGCUCAUCUCGCUCGUUCACUAACUUCUCGACUUAAUUAUCCGCCGAAAAUUUGAAAUAAUGACCACUAAAAAGCAAUGCGUGAUGGCCGCGCUGGAAAACCUGACCGAUGACGACUUCAAAAAGUUCUGUGAUGCUCUGGUGAAUCGCCCCGGUGAGAAAAAGGUGGCGAAAAGCAAAGUGCAGGAUCAGCCCCGCUUGGACGUAACCAACGUGAUGGUGUCCACUUUCACCGAGGACGAAACUCCAACCGUGGUCAUCGAAUUGCUCGAGUCCAUCAAUCUCUGCGAUGAGGCCAAAAAGUUCGGUGAGGAGAUUGCCAAAAUCCCAAAGCCAUCUCCUCCCAAAGCAACCGCAGCAACCGCAACAACCGCAGCAACCGCAGCAACCGCAGCAACCCCAGCAACCUCAGCAACCGCAUGCUCCAGCGAUGCCCGGAUUGCCGAACCUCUCCCAAAGCCAUCUCCUCCCAAAGCACACUCUCCAAUGAAAGAGCAUGUAGCCCUGCUGGGGUCGGAGCCCACCCCUCGACCGGACGUUGAAGUCGUCCACCGCAGCCCGCUCUUACACCAGAAGAUCCAAGGGCAAGCAGGUGGCGGCGCACUGGAAGGUCUGGGGCACCGAGCGUCGCUGGAGACGCAUGACAGGAACUGGGAAGCACACUCUCCAAUGAACAUGCAUGGAGCCCUGCUGGGGUGGGAGCACACCUCUCCACUGGACGUUGAAUUCGGCCACCUCGGCUCGCGCUUACACCAGAGGAUGCAAGGGCUAGCAAGUGGCGGCGCACUGGAAGGUCUGGGGCACCGAGCGUCGCUGGAGACGCAUGUCAGGAACUUCCAAGCACACGCUUCAAUGAACAUGCAUGGAGACCUGCUGGGGUGGGAGCACACCCCUCGACUGGACGUUGACGCCGGCCACCUCGGCGCGCGCUUACACCAGAGGAUGCAAGGGCUAGCAGGUGGCGGCGCACUGGAUCUGUCCAAGGAGAUGAAGAAGAUGUCCUUGUUCCAGGAUGCCACCCACGACCUGCCACGCCAGCUGGGCACCACCAAUCACCACAUGAUGGUGCGCCACUUUGAGAAUAACGGAGGGGUGGAGAGGUGGUCUAAGAAAGAAGUGGUCAUGCGCAACGGCAAGAUCGUCAAGUACGACGUUAAAUCCAACAAGCCAUAGUCGAUGCAAAUGAUCACCUUUCAAUCUUCUUCUGCCCCCCUUUUAGCCCCUGCUGAGUUUAUAUGUCAACUUUGGGUUUGUAUUCACUGAAAAAUCUGCUGGUUUCCUACAUAGUCCAAAAGUAGUGUUAUGGCGCCAUCUGGUGGCAACUUGGUGCCUAGCAAUUUUAAUUGUUGAAUCGAGUCUUUGCCACUAAAACUUGGGGCAUUUCUAUGCAAUUGUAAAGAUUUCUUUUCCUUUCAUUUAGCAAUUUGCAGCAGGACUUGGUGAAUGUCAGCUUUCAACUCUCUCGAUUGUUUUCUUGGAAAUUGAAGUGCAAAAUGAUUUAUUUGAAUGAUUAUUUUCAAAGUCAGCUUUAUUGUCAAUCCCUUCAUAUGUCAAGACACACAAAGAAACCAAAAUUCCCUUUCCUCUAUCCCACGGUGACGAGACAUAGUACACGAUAGACAUACAAGUAGACGACACAAAAUUAAAAACAAGAAGGCACAAACAAUAAAUCAUAAAUAAAUAUGA